CUUUUUAUCAUUCUAUGUGAAUUCCUAAUCAUCACAUCUAAAAAAAUAAUUUCGACAGCUGAUUAAAAAUACCGCUAAUCACACCAAUUUAUCAGUAGACAGGAGUUAUUCUUCUGAUGGGGUUGCUAAACGAGGAUACAUUACUUAAAUCAUCAGCUUACACUUCCAACAUAAUGAAUAACACUAAUUCUUAUGGAUUUAUGAGUACUAGUAAUCAAUAUAUACCUGAAUAUCUAAUUAACACAAGCAUGGAAGUAAUACGUACAAUUAGAUCAAGUGAGGAAUCUAAUCAUGAACAGGCAAUAAAUUGGACUGUUUUAUGCUUAACCAGUACAUUGAUAAUCCUCACAUGGUUAGCUAAUUGUAUUCUACUCGGUGGAGCAUUACAAACAGCUGGUAAUGGGAAAAAUGUUCCUGUAGCUUAUUUUUUUAUUGGUUCACAAGCAAUUGGCGCUCUGUUGCAUGUUACGCUGAAUUUACCACCGUCUAUUGUCAAUAUAUUAUUUGGCACUUCUCAAGUAAAUUCAUACGUCCAUAUAUUCUGUUUAUACUCAAUUUAUCUGGAUACACUUUUCUGUAAUCUAACCUUUCUACAAACAUUCUUUUCAAGUCUAGAUGCUUAUCUACGACUAAAGAAUCCAAUAUUUUAUCUGUCUUCAGCACGUAGACGUCCAGCGUUAUGGUUGAAAAUUGGUUCUCCAUGGUUAAUGGCAAGUUUACAAGCUAUCGGGCAACUAGCUUUGAGUGAUCGACGUCAAGUACGACUACACAUGACAACACUAAAACCAGUGACGCCAAAUCAAUAUCACCCCUUAUUAUCGUCAUCAUUAAAUUCUAAUGAGAAACUACUGGACUCCGGUUUGAAUACAGCUUGUCUCCUACCUGAUCCAAAUUUUUUAAUCAUACGAACUGUGAUCGCAUAUGCACUACCGCUGAUCACCUGUCUUAUAUUAGUUAUAUUACAGCUUCAUGGUCUACGUCGAUUACGUCAUCACUCUGCUGAAAUGCUCAGUGCUUUAUUAAGUGUUCGAAGUAGAAGUACCAAUGAAUAUGAACAAAUAAUGUACCAACAGAACAAUCCCCAUUAUCCAAGACAUGAAAUGGCCAGCAUGAACAGACGAAUCCCAUCAAACUUUCAUAAUUCUGAAUUAAUCUGGAAGGUAAGAGAUACACCGAUGUUGAAUAAGUUGAAUUCGUCAACUAGUUCUUCACACACUGUAACACAUAAUCCGUGUAGACGUUUAUCAUUUAUGACAAAUUCUUAUCACUUGGAUACAGCGUAUACAAAUGAGACAUUGGUUGCAGACAGUAAUCCAUCUAUGGAUCGAAUACAACAUUUAACUAAUCCUCCAUUGUCAACGAUCAUCCUAUCAACAGGUUAUUUGCCAGUUGAAAGUGUUAACGAGCUUCAAUUAAGUAAGACAACGUCAGUUCCUGUAUUUGAAUGUCCUACUCACGGAUGUAUAAGAGUUACUCAGUCUACCAGUCCAUUAGCUGUAACUUGUAUUCCAGAAAGUUCCGGUCAACAGACAAAAGACCAGUUGUCACCUACACAGAACACAUCAGCAUCAUCUGAAAACCAUCAAUGCACUGACCAUGAUGCCCGCGCAACAGAAUCUAUUCCCAUUUCACUCACUAGUGUUAGCAGUACAGUUUCUGAUCCUCCUGUGAAUAAUACUAACGAUCCAUUGAUGGUAAAAUCGAAUUCUAACUGUAAUGAACCGGUGACAUCAGAUACAAUAUUGCUUAACAUAGAUGGUACACAAGUCAAGUUGCUGCCGUUCAGUUAUCAACAAGAUCCACUUAGUUCUAGUGAAUUGAGUCAUUACCAGUAUUUGCCAUCAAUGAUACAAUCAAAUCUACUUCCACAACACCAUCAGCAUACUACAACUACUGUACAUGAAAUGAUGCAGGGUAUACCAACUGAGAAAUUGUAUAAGUCGAAAUCAGACUACCAGAUUAAGUCUAAAGGGGAAGUUAACUCACCGAAUUCUUGUGAUCAGUUGAUUCGAUCCAACAGUAUGAAGACAAGUUUCAUUCAACCAACCCCUGUAGGGACAUUGGCCAAUGAUAACAGUGCAACUAACUUGUCUAAAACAAAUUUAUGGUUAAGUGCAUAUCAAGGAGAACAACUGGUUGUAGCUAUAAAUUUAGUGAGUUGUAUCAUCGCCGUGGGUACAUGGUCGCCAUAUAUUUUAGCCUCACUGGCGCAUGGUUUAUGCCAACCAAUAAGUAUACCGAAAUCAAUGUUUAAUCAGAUAAUGCAUCCUUUGUCGUCGUCGUCGUUGCCUACCUCACCAGUGACAAUAAAUUCUCAUUUGAUUUCAUCACCACUAGGGUCUCUUUCAAAUACUCCUGGCGGUAACCUACUGUCCAAUCCCACUAUCAGUAGAUGUUGGAUUCAUUUAAGUGUUGACCGUUUGGCAGAUUUUCGUUGGUGGGCAUAUGCAAGCUCUGGUCUCCUGCUGCCGUGUUUGUUAUUCUUUCUUGAUUUAGGUUUACGUGAAGGUUGUUGGAGAGCUUUACAGUAUAAGACAAAACCUAGUGAAAAGUAUGAUUCUCCGAAAGCACUUACACAUAAUCCUAACAGUCAAUAUUCCAAGUCUAUCAAUACUACUAACAACAAUCAGAGUAGUAGAGAUAUCAGAUAUCACCAGUUAGGAUCCGUUAGAAUCUCCAAUAUCCCAUAUGAUGCCAACAGUACAUCGAAUAACAGAUCUGUGAAACUUCAAGAAUUUGAAAUGACUUCUUCCAUCUCACAUACGAAAUAAUAACAGGUAUGAUUGUUGAACAAACAUCUUGUGUGGACAUUUCCAACACCUUGUCACUGUUGUAUUUAAGAGGCUACGGAACACUGGAAGGAUCAGAUUUGAACCCAAGAGUUACACUUCAACCUUAUACCAGCUAAAAAUGAGUCAAUUUAUGAAUUCUUCGAUUCAGCAGUGGAGCGCACUUCACGGUAAUACUCUCCUGAAGUAAAUGAGAAUGAAAUCACACCAGACCAAAGCGGAAGCAUGCGUUAGAAUGUCCAAUAUGUUACUAAAAUAAACAACUGUGUAGCGAU